AUGCCACAUGUCAUUAUAGGAGACCAAGCGUUUCCAUUAAAACCAUAUUUAAUGAGACCAUACAGUAAAGAAGCUGUUUCUAAUAACGCAAAUAAAAAGAAUUUCAAUUAUAGAUUAUCACGUGCAAGGAGGACAGUCGAAAACGCAUUUGGAAUUUUGGCAGCAAGAUGGCGGAUAUUCCAUACAGAUAUUGAAGUGCAACCAGAAAUUGUCGAUAACAUCAUUUUAUGCUGUUGUUGCUUACACAACAUGCUACGGAACGACGAAGACGACAACAUCUUUUUGCAAGAUCUACCAAAUGGUGUACCAGAUAACUUUAUAUCAUUUGAAGGUAUACGUAAUAAUUCUACUCGAGCAGCAUUUGUUAUUCGAGACAAGUUUUGUGAUUACUUUAGUUCCGAAAAUGGAAGUUUGCCUUGGGAAAAUCAAUAA